AUGGAAUCUUACGAGAGUGUACUUUUAGUUAAAUCUGAAGUCUCUGUGUAUAAAAUUCCUCCAAGGGCAUCCAAUCGAGGUCACAGAGCUGCAGAUUGGAAUCUUCAAGAACCGUCAUGGACAGGGAGAAUGCGUUUAGUAUCUCAAGGUGACUCGAUAACGAUAAAACUAGAGGAUAAAAUGACUGGAGAGUUGUUUGCUAAGUGUCCUAUUGAUACGUAUCCUGGCGCAGCUGUUGAGCCGGUGACUGAUUCAUCACGGUACUUUGUGCUGAAAAUUCAAGACGACAAUGGACGAGCAGCUUUCAUUGGUGCGGGAUUUUUAGAUAGAUCUGACAGCUUUGAUCUAAACGUAGCCCUACAAGAUCAUUUCAAGUGGUUGAAAAAUCGCGAACAAAUUGAGAAAGAAAAAGAUCAGCCUAAGCCUGAGCUGGAUCUCAGGUUUAAGGAAGGAGAAACGAUUAAAAUAAAUAUGAAAAUCACUAAAAAAGAUGGCAGUGAAGCUUCAUCAAAGUCAAAACGUCCUCAAGUAGGACUAGGUCUUCCACCACCCCCAGGAGGUGUCAAAAUAGCACCACCUCCUCCAAAAACUCCGACUUCCUCGCCAGCUCACAAACCAGCUGGUAAUCCGCAACAAGGUUCUGAAUGGGGUGAGUUCGCUAGUGCUUCACAGCAACAACAACAACAACAACAGCAACAGCCUCCAGCUGCAUCUCCAGGUUCCGUUUCCAAUGCUAGUUGGGUACAAUUUUAA